ACUUGCAGAAUAAAAUAUCCAUUGUUAAAGAAAAGAAUGGAAAGGGACAAGGGAUGGACCGGCCUAUAGCAUUCAACUCCAUAUCUAUCCAUAUAAUUGAGGUCAAUCAUCUACGGAUAAGAACUUGAAUCGCGUCCGUCCAUCUUCCCGGUAAGAAGGUCACUUUGAUUCCCUGUCACUGUCAUAUGAGUCCAAAAAUCGUCGCCUCAAAAGAUAUCAAACGCACAGAGAAGGAGAAGUAGGUGAAAUCUGAAAAGAGAUGGAAGGUAUGCUCAAGUGCUCUGCAAACUACGUCCCUCUUACUCCAAUCAGUUUCCUGGAACGCUCCGCGAUUGUUUACCGAGACAAUCUAUCCGUCGUCUAUGGCGAUGUCAAGUAUACCUGGAAAGAGACUUACCAGAGGUGCAUCAAGCUCGCUUCUGCUCUCGCCCACCACGGGAUUUCCCGUGGCGAUGUGGUUGCUGUAUUGGCUCCAAAUAUUCCAGCAUUAUAUGAACUACACUUUGGCGUUCCAAUGGGUGGGGCAGUUCUGUGUACACUAAAUAUACGCCAUGAUUCAGCAAUGGUGUCUGUGUUACUGAGACAUUCAGAGGCCAAAGCCAUUUUUGUGGAUUACCAAUUUCUGCCAAUUGCCCAGGGAGCUCUGGAACUUCUAACCAAGACGGGAUCCAAGCUGCCCUUUCUUGUCUUGAUCGAGGACUGUAAUCAACCAGCUCCUAUCUCCUCUAAAGGGAACUUAGAGUAUGAGAGUCUUCUAGCAAUGGGAAAACUGGAUUUUGAAGUAAUACAACCAAAUGAUGAAUGGGAUCCUAUUUCACUUAAUUAUACCUCGGGAACCACAUCGAGUCCAAAAGGGGUGAUUUAUAGUCAUAGAGGGGCUCACCUAAAUUCCCUUGCAGCCAUUCUUCUAAAUGAUAUGAUCUCAAGGCCGGUAUAUCUAUGGUGCGUUCCCAUGUUUCACUGCAACGGUUGGUGCCUCACCUGGGGUGUGGCUGCUCAAGGAGGCACAAAUAUCUGCCUUCGGAGUGUAUCCGCAAAGGGGAUAUUUGAAAGUAUUUCUCAGCACAAAGUAACCCACAUGGGUGGUGCACCAACAGUAUUAAACACAAUAAUAAAUUCACCAGCUGGUGACAGAAGGCCUCUUCCAGGAAAGGUAACAGUGAUGACAGGUGGUGCACCACCACCUCCACAGGUAAUAUUCAGUAUGGAAGAAAUGGGAUUUAACGUGACUCAUUCGUAUGGUUUGACAGAAACAUACGGUCCUUCAACAAUUUGCACUUGGAAACCUGAAUGGUCUUGCCUCCCUCGUGAUGUACAGGCAAAGUUGAAGGCCCGUCAGGGAUUGCAACAUCUUGGCAUGGAGGAAAUUGAUAUAAAAGAUCCAGUUACCAUGAAGAGCGUGCCACCAGAUGCAAAAACCAUGGGUGAAGUUAUGUUCAGAGGCAACACUGUUAUGAAUGGAUAUUUGAAAAACCUGAAAGCAACAGAAGAGGCAUUUAGUGGUGGGUGGUUUAGGAGUGGAGAUUUGGGGGUAAAACACCCUGAUGGAUACAUAGAGCUAAAGGACCGAUCCAAGGACAUAAUAAUUUCAGGGGGAGAAAAUAUUAGCACCAUCGAGGUAGAAUCUGUAUUGUUUAGUCAUCCAGCAGUUCUUGAGGCGGCUGUUGUAGGAAGACCUGAUGAUCACUGGGGGGAAACACCUUGUGCAUUUGUGAACUUGAAGACAGGGUGUAAUGCCAGUGCAGAAGAACUAAUCAAGUAUUGUCGUGAUCACUUGCCUCAUUACAUGGCGCCUCGAACUAUUGUCUUUGAGGAUCUGCCAAAGACAUCAACUGGAAAGGUACAGAAAUACGUCUUGAGGAGUAAGGCCAAGGCCUUAGGAAGCCUUUCAAAAGAGAGAACUAGCAAACUGUAGAUACACCAGUGAUUGGAAGGUAACAGUUCUGUUUGGAGAAUUCAAGUAGUUUAUUGAUAAUUGUCUUCCAUAAAGCUUGAUGUCCUGCCCAGACCGUGUAUAUUUCAUACGUUGGAGUUGGGUGGGGUGGCUGGUUUGAAAAUAUUGAUAAUUUAAUCAUCAAAAUUAUUAAAAAUGUCUUGUAAUAUGCAUUAUUAAACCCAAAGUAAAAAUAAAAACAAAUUUCACUUAAA